GUCAUUUCGCUUCCGGCCUACUCUGGCGAUUCUUCACCAAAUAUUCUGUGCUUGGCAUACUUUAUACACUCGAUCUAUAAAGUACAUCGACAAACUGACCUCAGAGCAACGACAAUUUAAUAUCAACGUCAACGAAAGUAACGGUCAUCCCGUGGAAACGUUGGACUUGUCCUUUUACCGCUGCAGGACAACAUGAGUCGAAAGAGGGACAAGCUGUUGGAUGGACUGGAACAGAGUUUAUACACUCUAACCAAGGACAACUUAUGUUACCUGCGCGUUCGUUGUGGAAUAGGCUCCGAGGAUAGGUUCAAAGGUAAAGAAAACAGUGAACGCACGCUGCGGCGUCAAAUCAUGGAGGAAAUCUGGGAAAAUGAGGAUUCAAAGUCUUGGUUACUCCGACUGAAAGAGGACAUCAGAGGUAUACAGGAGGAGGGUAGACAUGUAACCAUGAGCUCCAGUGCAUCAAGCAGCGUGUCCUCGAGUCCCAGCCAGUCUGAUGGUGACGCUGCAGACUGCCGUGAAGCUGGGAAGCCUCGACAGUUGGAAGUGACUCAGCGAACACACACUGGAGAGAAGCCUUACAGUUGUAAUCAGUGUGGGAAGACAUUCACACAGUCAGGAAGCUUGGCAACUCAUCUGAGAACACACACCGGAGAGAAACCUCAUAGCUGUGAUGUAUGUGGGAAGACUUUUAACGUAGCCUUCAAUCUGAACCGACACCAGCGAACACACACUGGAGAGAAACCCUACAGCUGUGAGAAGUGUGGGAAGAGCUUUUCUCAGUCAGGCCUACUGGCCAGCCACCGUCGUUCGCACACAGGAGAGAAACCGUAUGUCUGUGAUCAGUGUGGGCAGAGCUUUGUUAAUCCGGGAUCCCUGGCAAAGCACAAGCGAAAACAACAUGCAGGAGAGAAGCCUUAUAGCUGUGGGGAUUGUGGGAAGAGUUUCUUUGAAUCACAUACCCUAGCUAACCAUCGGAGGACACACACAGGAGAGAAGCCUUAUAGCUGUGAUCUAUGUGGGAAAAGUUUCGCUCUGUCAGGAACCCUGAUUAAACAUAAGCUGACUCAUACAGGAGAGAAACCGUACUGCUGUGACCGGUGUGGGAAGAGCUUCCGUGAAUCAGGAAGGUUGAAAGUUCACCAGAGAAUGCACACUGGAGAGAAACCUUACGGCUGUGAUCAAUGUGGGAAGAAAUUUGGUCAUUCGCAACACCUGAAAGAACACCUGCGAACGCACACAGGAGAGAAGCCAUUUAGCUGUGAUCAGUGUGAGAGGAAAUUCACUCAACCACAACACCUGAAAUCACACAUGAGAACACACACUGGAGAGAAGCCGUUUGUCUGUGAUCAGUGUGAGAAGAGAUUCGCUCAUUCACAACAACUCAAAGCACACCUGCGAAUGCACACUGGAGAGAAACCUCAUAUCUGCGAUCAGUGUGAGAAGAAAUUUGCUCAUUCACAACACCUGAAGGAUCACAUGCGUACACACACAGGAGAGAAGCCAUACAUCUGUGGAGAAUGUGGAAAGAGCUUUGCUAGAACAGGAACAUUGAAAGUGCACCAGAAAUCACACGCAGCAGGUGAAGUGUGUACAGAUCUCCCUCCCCAGGAUCAGUUCCAGAACCCUCAAAUAAAUCUGAACAGCACAAAGUUCCAGAUCCAUCUGCCUCCCCAGGAUCAGUUCUAGAACCCUCAAAUAAAUCUGAACAGCACAAAGUUCCAGAUCCAUCUGCCUCCCCAGGAUCAGUUCUAGAACCCUCAAAUAAAUCUGAACAGCACAAAGUUCCAGAUCCAUCUGCCUCCCCAGGAUCAGUUCCAGAACCCUCAAAUAAACUCAGAAAAGUCCAA